GUGCUCGCUUGGGCCCGCCAGAAAUAAGAGGCGUGCGCGACAUGUACGAGCCUGAGGACACGAUCGUCGUGACGUGUCAUCACGGCCGAGACUCGCCGUCUGAGCCGCAGCCUCGGCUCAGUUGGCUCAUUGACGGCAAAGAGGUCGGCCCCCCGCUGCUGGAGGCGCUUGGUGGUCACACGCCCGGCGGAGGCACAGAAGCUCUGAGCCUCAAGGUCCCCGCCCAGCAGGUGGUGGAGGCCGGCGGCAGCGUACAGGUCGAGUGUCGCGUCAGCCUCGGGCCCUUGCAAGACAGGGCCGUCAAAACCCUCAGGGUCAGGAUGAGGGAUUACUUCUUCUCAAACUCCGGGGCUCGAGGGGGAAAAGGAUGCAGCGUUGCGAGCUUCAUGGCUGCAGCGAUGCUUGCUGCCGCGCGUCUAUACUUCGACAUCAGCUGA